AUGCCACCAGUACGCUUCAAGCCGCCUCAACAGGUGCGAAUCAAGUGUCCUAAGGGGCGCAUUGUGCCGCUAAAUGAGCCCGAGGUAAAACUUGGUAAAACGAUUGUCGCCGCAGCUCCUCACAGGAUAACUGCUGAGCAACUAGAACAAGCCAGAAGGACCCUCAGACGUAUACAGCCUGACCCAUUGAGCUGUAUCCCAAUCCUCCCUUCAGUCGUAGCUCUGUUAUUGGCGUGUGCUGUAUUGCUGAAUAGGUAUUUGGGCAGAUCAAAAGAAAUGCUGGCGAAUGUUCAUGCGACGUAUCCUGUAACUCGGAAGGCGGAAGGCGUGAAGAUGGGACAGGGUAAAGGUCGGGUAUUGUUUCACAUCCCUCAAAUAAAUCCUUUCCAUGCACUGCUCCCGCAGUCCCCCAACUACAGGGCUUUUAAAGCUGUGGCGGGUAAGCUGCCUUUCCCAGUGGUGUUCCGCGAGCAGAACAACUAUUUCCCAAUGGACAGCGUGCAGCGCCUCAUAGAUGCCAAGAAACGAAUCGACGCCGAGGCACAUACCCUAAAAGUCAGGAGUAAGCUUCUGGAGGCACUGCAGCAGAAUCAGAAGUAA